UCAGCUGGUUUCUUUCUGGAUCCUGCGGCAAUGGCGGAGCGGCAGCAAUUUUACAUCUUACUGGGGAACCUGAUGAGCCCUGACAAUACCGUCAGGAAGCAAUCAGAGGAAACGUACGAUACCAUCCCCGGCCCGUCGAAGAUCACGUUCUUGCUGGAGGCCGUCCGCGAUGCAGCGGCCGCCGAGGAGGUCCGGCAGAUGGCGGCCGUUCUGCUGCGCCGGCUCCUGUCCUCGUCGUUCGAAGAGGUCUACCCGAACCUGACCGUAGACAUACAGACGGCGGUCAGAACGGAACUACUCGCCAGCAUCCAGCUGGACGCAUCGCCCAGUAUCCGUAAAAAGGUCUGCGACGUGGCUGCCGAGCUCUCCCGCAAUCUCCUCGACGACGACGGAAACAACCAGUGGCCUGAGAUUCUCAAGUUCCUGUUCGACUCGGUUAACUCUCAGAACACUGCUCUGCGGGAGGCCGCGCUGCACAUCUUCUGGAAUUUCCCAGGAAUAUUUGGCAACCAGCAGCAACAUUAUAUGGAGGUUAUAAAGCGCAUGUUGGUGCAGUGCAUGCAGGACCAGGAGAACCCGCAGAUCCGAACCCUGGCCGCACGCGCCACCGCGUCCUUCAUCCUGGCCAACGAGAGCAACACCCCUCUGCUUAAACAUUUCUCAGAUCUGCUGCCCGGGAUCCUCCAGGCGGUGAACGAAUCCUGUUACCAAAGCGACGACUCGGUGCUGAAGUCUCUGGUGGAAAUCGCCGACACCGCCCCGAAAUACCUGAGGCCGAACCUGGAGGCGACGCUGCAGCUCUGUCUCAAGCUGUGCGCCGAUACGAACCUAACGAACAUGCAGAGGCAGCUGGCUCUGGAGGUUAUCGUCACCCUGUCGGAGACGGCCGCCGCCAUGCUGAGGAAACACACCGCCAUCGUGGCUCAGAGUGUUCCUCAGAUGUUAUCCAUGAUGGUGGACCUGGAGGAGGACGAGGAUUGGGCGUUGGCGGACGAACUGGAAGACGACGACUUUGACAGCAACGCGGUGGCGGGCGAGAGCGCUCUGGACAGAAUCGCGUGUGGCCUGGGAGGGAAGAUCAUGCUGCCCAUGAUCAAACAACACAUCAUGCAGAUGCUGCAGAACCAGGACUGGAGGUACAGGCACGCCGGCCUCAUGGCUCUGUCCGCCAUCGGCGAGGGCUGCCAUCAGCAGAUGGAGCUGAUCCUAAACGAGAUCGUCAGCUUCGUUCUUAUCUUCUGUCAGGAUCCUCAUCCCAGAGUCCGAUACGCAGCUUGUAACGCUGUCGGUCAGAUGGCCACAGAUUUCGCUCCGACCUUCCAGAAGAAAUUCCACGACAAGGUCAUCUCCGCCCUGCUCCAGACCAUGGAGGACCAGUCCAACCCCCGCGUCCAGGCUCACGCCGCCGCCGCCCUCAUCAACUUCACCGAGGACUGUCCCAAAGCGCUCCUCGUCCCCUACCUGGACAGUCUGGUUCAGCACCUUCGCGUCAUCAUGGAUGCCAAGCUCCAAGAGCUGAUUCAGAAAGGCACCAAGCUGGUCCUGGAGCAGGUGGUGACCUCCAUAGCGUCGGUGGCCGACACGGCGGAGGAGAGGUUCGUGCCCUACUACGACCUCUUCAUGCCCUCGCUCAAGCACAUCGUGGAGAACGCCGUGCAGAAGGAGCUGCGGCUGCUCAGGGGCAAGACCAUCGAGUGCAUCAGCCUGAUCGGCCUCGCCGUGGGCAAGGAGAAGUUUAUGCCUGAUGCGUCGGCGGUAAUGCAGCUGCUCCUCAAGACGCAGACCGACUUCAACGAUCUGGAGGACGACGACCCCCAGAUCUCCUACAUGAUCUCGGCGUGGGCGAGGAUGUGCAAGAUCCUGGGCAAAGAGUUCCAGCAGUACCUUCCCGUGGUCAUGGGCCCGCUCAUGAAAACGGCCUCCAUCAAGCCCGAAGUGGCCCUGCUGGAUACCCAGGACAUGGAGAACAUGUCUGAGGACGACGGAUGGGAGUUCGUGAACCUCGGAGACCAGCAGAGCUUCGGCAUAAAGACGGCUGGACUGGAGGAGAAGGCUACGGCGUGUCAGAUGCUGGUCUGCUAUGCCAAAGAGCUGAAGGAAGGUUUCGUGGAGUACACUGAGCAAGUCGUCAAGCUGAUGGUUCCUCUUCUCAAAUUUUACUUCCAUGACGGCGUGCGAGUGGCCGCCGCCGAGUCCAUGCCCCUCCUGCUGGAAUGCGCCCGCGUGAGGGGCCCGGAGUACCUCACCCAGAUGUGGCACUUCAUGUGCGACGCCCUCAUCAAAGCCAUCGGGACCGAGCCCGACUCGGACGUGCUGUCUGAGAUCAUGCACUCUUUCGCCAAGUGCAUCGAGUUGAUGGGCGACGGCUGUCUCAACAACGAGCAUUUCGAGGAGAUGGGGGGGAUUCUGAAGGCCAAACUCGAGGAGCACUUCAAAAACCAGGAGAUUAGACAAGCAAAGAGACAGGACGAGGAUUACGACGAGCAAGUUGAAGAGACGUUACAAGACGAGGAUGAAAACGACGUGUACAUUCUUACCAAAGUGUCGGACAUCCUGCACUCCGUGUUCAGCAGUUACAAAGAGAAAGUCCUUCCCUGGUUCGAGCAGCUUCUGCAGCUUAUAGUUAAUCUGAUCGGCCCACACAGACCCUGGGCGGACAGACAGUGGGGUUUGUGCAUUUUUGAUGACGUGAUCGAGCACUGCAGUCCCACUUCAUUUAAAUACGCCGAGUACUUCCUGCGACCCAUGCUGCAGUCCCUCUGUGACACCAGCCCCGAGGUGCGACAGGCGGCGGCUUAUGGGGUCGGAGUCAUGGCUCAGUUCGGAGGGGAGAGCUACAGACCCUAUUGCACAGAAGCGAUUCCUCCUCUGAUCGGAGCGAUCCAGGCGGCGGAAUCCAGAGUGAAGGAGAACGUCAACGCCACCGAGAACUGCAUCUCCGCCGUGGGCAAGGUCAUGCGCUACCGGCCCGAGUGCGUCCAAGUGAACGAGAUCCUCCCUCACUGGGUCUCGUGGCUGCCGCUCAACGAAGACAAAGAGGAGGCGGUGCACACGUUUAAUUACCUGUGCGACCUGAUCGAGAGCAACAAUCCGAUCGUGCUGGGCCAGGACAACGCCAACCUCCCCAAGAUCUUCCUCAUCAUCGCCGAGGGCGUCGCCAACGAAUCCAUCAAAGUAGAAGACGACUGCAGCAAACGAUUGGCCAACGUCAUCCGUCAAGUACAGGUCUCCGGAGGACUUUGGACGCAGUGUGUAUCGACCCUCAACGAGACGCAUCAGAAGGCCAUCCAGGACCUUCUCAACACGGCGUGAUCCCACCCUCGAAGCCUCGACCUCCCUCGUUCGCCCACCGUUACGAACUGUAGUGUUUUUUUCUCUCCAGUCUAGGGAUUAGGAUCCGACUAGGAUUAGGAUCUCCGACGGAUGUAGCUCGCCCGCCAAGGCGGCCGUAAUCUUUGUAGAAGACUAAUAAUUCUGUGGUCGUUUUUUUUCUUUUGUUUGUUUGUUUUUUUUCCCCCAAUUGUUCAUUUUCUACCCUCGAGCUCUCGAUUGCGUCGUCCCACCUCCGACCGAGCAGGUUUACUUUUCUUUUUAUUGCUAUUUGGUUAGACUGUGGAUUCCGAUCGAUUGGGACUUGAAGGGUGGGGAAGGGGCGAUUGUUUUUGCAUCCGUCUGGAUGUAGUAUGUCAAAGUGUGUCACUGGUCUGCUCUCUCCAUGAUUAUAAAAACAAAUAAAUAAAAAAGAGUAA